AGUUUACAGUAAUACAGUAAUACUUUAAUUGUGAACAUAUUUUAUAAAAGUUCCUUGUGAUUAUAAGUUUAAAAAAUAAGUGAACUCCCUGACGGCAAAGACAUUCAACGUCAUCAUGGACUUGAGUUCCGAAGAAGAAGAAAUUAUGAAAUUGGAAAAAGAAUCAAUAAAAUUAGAAGAAAAUUUAAAACGGAAAAAGGAAGAUAGAAGACUAAGAAAACAUUUAGAAAAGUUGAAGGCUUUAUAUACUUCUCACUCUGAAGAGAAUGCAUGUUCCUCAAAAAAGCCGCCAGGUGGAAUACAAACAGAAGAUACUUCAAACAAACGAGCAUUUGCAUUUCGGAAUAAUCAGCAAAUUAAAGAAAGUACCAAAGAAAAUACACGUCAAAAAGAGCGGAUUCGUAAAGAAAAGGAUGGAAAAGUAAAUGCAGACUUUUCGAAAGAGACUUUCGAAAAACGAGGAGGAACCACCGACAAGGGCAAAAAAUACGAAGAUUUAGUUACCGCUAACGUCGCACUACAAUUAGUAAGCGACAGUAAAAUAAAUGACUUUCGCAUUUCUUCGAACGAUAAAAAUUUUGGUGAUUUUGAUGACCUAGUUAUUGAAAUUAAGACAGAUGGGGAAAUAAAAACAAAAGCACUGCAAUUAAAACACAGUAACGAAAAAAGACAAUUAUAUAUAAAGCAGCUAGCAGGCGAAAAGGGCGACUUUAGUUUAAUAAAAUAUUUCAAAUCUGCUCAAGAUGUUCAAGGCGAAGUGCAAGAAUUUAUAUUAUUCACCACAAAUACAUUUAAAACUUCAAAAGAAACAAAAUUUAAACUAGAAGGAGAAGAGUUUUACCUCAAAGCAAUUAAAAAGACAGUAUCAGGAGACGAUUACGACGUUUUAAGAAUUUCUGAAAAUAUAAAUUAUUAUCAUACAUUUCAAAUCUUAGAGGACGAAUGGACUAAACAAAAUCCUGAAAAAAUUCAGCAGUAUCAAAAAUUCUUCGAGUCCUUUCGUCUUUACACAACCCAAGAACGUUUUGAAGCUCUUACAAAAUCAACAAUGAAUAAAUUUACUGAGAUGUUUUGCUCUAACGAAGAAACUUUCAAGAAGUACGUCGAGGUCAUAUUAGAGUGGAGUAUGCGAGAUGGAAUAAAAGGAAAGCUAAGCAAAAGAAUGAUGCAACGUGUCAUCGCACUUCGUUUGCUUUCUUCUCAGAUCGAACCGUUUGUUUUUGGUUCAGUCACAGACGAAAUGAAAAUACUUCGAGAGGCUAUUUGUCUGUUCGACAUUACGUUGUUGGAAAAAAAAGGCAGCAACGCAGUUAAAAAUUUGUGGGGAGACUUGGACCAAAACAUUGACCUCAAAGAACUAAACAAACUUCGAGUACUUUAUUCCCUUUCUUGUAAUUAUAUAAGUAGUGUUGAAAAUCUGGAUGCAAAUUUGUUGACACAAUUACUAUGGCUGAUGGAGAAAUGUCCGCUUAUUGUAAAGGAACACAUCAAUAUGGAGAAAGCUAUUAAGGUCUGUCCAGAUGCAAAAUUUAUUAUAAUUGGCGAGGGAAAAUAUGAAAAAUGGAUGACAGAACGCUCUGUGUUUCAAAACUUGUUCAACUUGAAAUCAGAAGUCGAAUUGUAUGAAAAAGUAUUGCGACAAUUCACCAUUUCUAUACAAGGCAAAGAACCACGUAAUUUGGAGACCGCAUUAGAAAAGAAGGACGAAAUUUUAAACCAUGUUAAUGUGAACAAACUUUUAGAAAUGUCGAAUGGUCCAUGCCAGAUAGGUGGACAAAAGGAACUUUUUCCGAAUCUUUAUAUCGAUAGAUAUUUGUCAGCCAAUAUUAUAGACAAAAAAUAUUUAAAAAAUGUUGAUCGAAAUACUGUUAUCAUUUUAAAUUGCCCAGGUAAUUCUCAGCAAUUCGAAAUAUCUAAAAAGCAUACUCUAACAGACAUCGAGGGUUUUUUAAGUAAUACAGACCACAAAAUUUUUGAUAAUCCAAUUUUUAUAACGAGUGCAAAAAAUUGCAGUUAUUCUGAUUUUCAGAAAAUAUGUUCUAAAGUAGAAGCAUCUAAAACCAUACACUAUUUUAAAUUUCUCGACGAUCGAAAUUUAGAAUGGAUUGGAAGCAGAGGAUCUGUUAAUGAACUGCGAAAUUAUAAAUUACCUAGUCGUUCUAAAAACGAAAACGAAAUUUGGUCUUCAGAAUUCAUCAACAACAUAAAUCUAAUAACAGCUGACCCAGGAAUGGGCAAAACCGAGUUAACGAAGAGUCUAAAAAACAACUGUUGUGGGAGAUAUUGGACCGUGAUUCUGAGCGCUCAAGAUGUUAUGUCUUUCUUUAAAAAUUCAAGAAAAUAUGAAAUAUCAGCAGAUUUAAAUCUAUUCGAAACAUUCAUUUUAAACGAAAAAUAUCGACAGCUGGCUGCGCUAGAUCGAGAAUACUUGACGCUGUGUUUAAAGCAACGCUCUGUGGUUUUUGUAUGGGACGCCAUUGAUGAAUUAUUUACUGGGUAUUUAAAUGGGACUUUAGAUCUCAUUCUAAUGUUAUCGCAGAAAGGUUUCACUCAGUGGGUUACUGCAAGGCAACAUUUGAGGUCUUCUCUUGAAGAAAAACUUGACACUCUGUCAGUUAGUAUCAAUCAGCUCAGCGAAGUCGAGCAAGAAGAUUAUAUUAAGAAACGUCUUAACAGUUUAAUUGCGUCUGCAGAUAUGAAACCCACCAUCGACAAAAUUAAAUCCACGUUUGCAUUUACAAAACAUAUCGAUAUAUUGGGAAUCCCUCUUCAAAUUUUUAUGCUUACAGACGUAUUACUUAAAAAUAAAGAAAAAUAUAUAGAGUUAUUAAAAAAUAAAUUUCUCCUGACUGACAUGUAUCGUUACUUUAUUGAAGGAAAAUUUAAGUUUUUCUACGAAGAUAAAGUACCUGUAAACAAUGUUUUUUGGGAAGAAGAUGUAAGGAAAAAAAAGGAAGAGAAAUUAAAACAGUAUGAAAAGUUGGCACUUGGAGUAAUAUUUCCUGAAGAUGUUUUGAAACAAUUAAAGAUAGAUUGUUCGCAAGAUAUAGAUUCUGUUCCUGAAGAAUUCGCAACUAUCGGUAUCGUGACUGGAGUACAAAACGGCAUUCCGCAGUUUGCACAUGCUUCCUUUGCCGAAUAUUUUGUUGCUUUAUAUUUUUCUAAAAAUUUUGCAAUGGUACGCAGAGCUAUAUUUUUUGAUAAAAAGUAUGAUAAUGUGCGUUUCUUCUUCGACAUGUUAACUGGCAAAAAUUCACCGGUCCACAUCGCGAUUUUACACAGAAAUUUUGAUGAAGUGGAGAACUUUGACGACGAAAUAAUAAAACGUAAAGAUGAAUGUGGAAGAAGCGCCUUACAUCUCAUUUGUUCUUGGGGACGAAGACAAGGGCGUUUAAAUGUAAAAAGCGAAUCUAGGGAUUGUGUUAUUGAGGCAAAUAUGGAGAUUAUGAGUAAUUCAUUAGAAACGAAAGAAUAUUUUAAAGCGUUAUUGUUUUUGUUAGAUAAUUGUGAAAUAUUAGGACAUGAUAUUUUACAUAAAAUCACACCCUGGGCCUGUGCACAAGAAAGUGAAAGUUUGGGAGCGGAACUGGAAUUAUUACAAACACGUAAAUCACGAUUGGAAGAUUCGUAUAGUCGAACAGACAAAAUUAAUAUCUUAUUUUUUUCCGCUUUGCACGGAUACGCAAAAGCGUUUAAAAUAGUUGUUAACAAACAAUUAUUUUCAUCUUCGAGUAUUUUUAAUGAAGAGGUAAAUUUUAGUGUUAAACUCGAUCGUAGUACACCUCUUAUAAUAGCUUCUCGAGAGGGGCACCUAACAGUUGUAGAGUUCUUAAUCAAAUGCGGAGCCGAAAUCAAUAGGGCUGAUAAAACUGGUAAGACACCGCUUUACGCAGCUUCCUCUGAAGGUCACGAAAAAAUUGUCGAAUGUCUGGUGAAAUGCGGAGCCGAAAUCAAUCGCGCUGAUAACAUUGGUGCGACACCGCUUUUCUCAGCUUCCUUUCAAGGUCACGAAAAAAUUGUCGAAUGCCUGGUGAAAUGCGGAGCCGAAAUCAAUCGCCUUGACAAGUAUGGUAAAACACCGCUUUAUACAGCUUCCUCUCAAGGUCACGAAAAAAUUGUCGAAUGCCUGGCGAAAAGCGGAGCCGAAAUCAAUCGCGCUGAUAAAGAUGGUGACACACCGCUUUACGCAGCUUGCUUUCAAGGUCACCAAAAAAUUGUCGAAUGCUUGGUGAAAUGCGGAGCCGAAAUCAAUCGCGCUGAUUAUUAUGGUCGGACGCCGGUUUACCUAGCUUCUUCUCAAGGUCACGAAAAAAUUGUCGAAUGCCUGGUGAAAUGCGGAGCCGAAAUCAAUCGCGCUGAUAAAGAUGGUGAGACACCGCUUUACGCAGCUUGCUUUCAAGGUCACCAAAAAAUUGUCGAAUGCCUGGUGAAAUGCGGAGCCGAAAUCAAUCGCGCUGAUUAUUAUGGUCGGACACCGGUUUACCUAGCUUCCUCUCAAGGUCACGAAAAAAUUGUAGAAUGCCUGGUGAAUUGCGGAGCCGAAAUCAAUCGCGCUGACUAUUAUGGUCGGACACCGGUUUACCUAGCUUCCUCUCAAGGUCACGAAAAAAUUGUUGAAUGCCUGGUGAAUUGCGGAGUCGAAAUCAAUCGCGCUGACUAUUAUGGUCGGACACCGGUUUACCUAGCUUCCUCUCAAGGUCACGAAAAAAUUGUCGAAUGCCUGGUGAAAAGCGGAGCCGAAAUCAAUCGCGCUGAUAAAGAUGGUAAGACACCGCUUUACGCAGCUUGCUUUCAAGCUCACCAAAAAAUUGUCGAAUGCCUGGUGAAAAGCGGAGCCGUAAUCAAUCGCGCUGAUAAAGAUGGUGAGACACCGCUUUACGCAGCUUGCUUUCAAGGUCACCAAAAAAUUGUCGAAUGCCUGGUGAAAAGCGGAGCCGAAAUCAAUCGCGCUGAUAAAGAUGGUGAGACACCGCUGUACGCUGCUUGCUUUCAAGGCCACGAAAAAAUUGUCGAAUGCCUGGUGAAAAGCGGAGCCGAAAUCAAUCGCGCCAAUAUUCAUGGUUGGACACUGCUUUUCUCAGCUUCCUUUCAAGGUCACGAAAACUUUGUCGAAUGGCUGGUGAAAUGCGGAGCCGAAGUCAAUCGCGCUAAUAAAGAUGGACGGACACCGCUUUACGCGGCUUCCUCUCAAGGUCACGAAAAAAUUGUCGAAUAUCUGGUGAAAUGCGGAGCCGAAAUCAAUCGCGCUGAUGAACUUGGUCGGAUACCGCUUUUCGCAGCUUCCUCGAGAGGUCACAAAAAAAUUGUCGAAUACCUAGUAAAAUGUGGAGCAAAAACCUUUCGAUUAUAAAAAUGAAUAAUGAAAGUUGAACUCGAAUAGUGACCAAAAAUCUGCCGAAUGCUUAGUUCAACAGCGAUCCAAAACUCCUCCACGUCGGGCCAGUCUUUCAAUAUUCUAUUACCAUCCACGCCGACCACAUUUUUAUUUAUUAUUAUUUUGUUAAUCAAAUCAGGGACGGUUCAUUCUAUAAUUCCGUAAAUUUGAGAAUGCAGUACUGUUGUUAUUUGAAAUUUGCUAUACCUAUCAGUGUCAGCUGGUGCACGUGCCCCGUCCAAAAUUACAACGUCUACAAAUACACUGGACAUAACAAGAUAGCAAUUUUCAAUAUUUAAAAAAUUCUCCGGAAAUUUGUGUCGUAACUUCUAAUUUUUUUAUCUCGCUCCAUUUGUAUAAAAUGGAUCAAAACUUAGAUCCAUUUACAUCUAAAGAUGUAUGUCUUGGAUAUAUGAUAUGUUAUUAUUGCUGAUAAAAGCCGGGCACACAUGGAUAAUUUAAACGUUUUAUUUACACCCAGUGGCGUAACUACCGGUGUUCCAUGUAUUCGGCGGAACACGGGCCCGCUUCUUCAAGGGGCCUGGUCCGGUCACACGAACAUUUUCGUUUUAUUGAAUGUUUUAUAUUAUUGCGCAAAUUACAUCCUGAAAUAAAAAAUUCGAAAAUGUGCGGUGAUCCUAAGAUCGAUCGUUCAUUCCUAUUUAGGAUUUUUUGCUGCAAAGGGCUGAACCUCUGGCGGAAUCUCAAUAUCAUAGACUUAAUAAACUCGGGUUUUAGCGACCGGCACCAGCGGCCAGAAAUGCACUGUCGCACUGUCGCAAUCCCAUUGUGGCAAAUCUAACACCCCAUUUAGUAAAUUACCAAUCUUCAGCCGACAUAAGUAUGACUAAUUUAUGAUUCAGGACAACAAAAUACUUUAAUUUUGUCCUCAGAUCUUCAGUGAAACUUUAUGGUGUAAGACGUAAAUAAAAUUCAGUUUCAGUUGCGUUUUAUGAAAACUUCCGUAUUUUCAAAACUAUUUUAAUUUUGUGUUUGUAGUGCUUUUUGGAAUAAUCAAAUAUAUAUGAUGUAUGUUACAACCAAUUUUUUAAGUAGAAAAAACACUGGAUUGCGAAAUUAUUACAGAAUGAGUACCUAGUACCUGCUCUAGUUCCAGUGAAAUUAUCACAGCAUAAUUCACUUUUCUUACAAUACCACUUUCGGUGGCUUGAUCGGAAAGAUCUUUUUCGAAAUUAAAAAUGACAAAAUUUUUUUUAAGAAACACAAUGGGCCAAUGCAGAUUAUCUUCACUGGCUGUUACCUCAAUUGAAAAUCAAAUUGCCAGAAGAUUAGAUGUGUCAAAUCUCGUAUCAACUUGUGCCCAUUGGAAAGAAAAAAAACAGUUUCGAGAUAACAAAAUGGGCAUUUUCAUUUCUAAUACAACGUGUUUCAAAAUGAUUUUCAUCUAGUCGCCCAUGGCUGCAGAUUUUCAUGAAGGGAAAGACAGGAGUUAAAGCGAUUUCAAAGCUAAUUAGAAAAAAAGUAUUUUGAAACACUUUAUAUAUUUUAAUUAUAUGUAUUUACUAUUUAGGUAGUUAUUGUAUUUUGAUUUUUUUUUUUUUUAAUUCAGUGUUUCAGGUAGAAUGAUUUUAAUAAAACGUAAGCCCUAAUUGCAAUAUACGCAAACUUUACUCAUUAUACUCGUAUUUUUAAAUAAUUAUUAUUUCGCUGUUCAUUGGGGCCUCACAGUGUUGUAGAACACAGGCCCGUAGUUUGAUUGUUACGCCACUGUUUACACCGUUGCUAUGGAAACCACACGUCCUAGUCAUUUGGUUCAAUGAGACCGCAGUCCCUUUCUGACAGUGGUCCGCAGGAGUACAAUCGCGGAUUUUAAUUUUCCUGCUGCGCAAGAUAGACGUAAAACAGAUAUGAUAAAUAUUCUUGGAUAACCUUGUCGGUAAUACAGACAUUCGGAAAUGACUAAAGACCGCCUAUAUUAAUAACAUUCGGACACAUAACGCAAGUGUAGACAACAAUCGCCAUAUAUUACGCCGAUUGAUAAUGUGCAUAAAAUUUUGUCGAGUGUUUGAACUUGCUUUACGUGGACAUGACGAAAGUAGACAACCACAAAAUCCAGGUAUAUUUCGAGGCCUGACUGAUUUUACGACUGAACUGGACUCUACUUUAUCAGAUCAUUUGAAAGAAGCAACAGCUUUUAAAGGAACGUCUAAAACUGUCCAAAAUAAACUUUUAGAUGCCAUCAACGUAAAAUUUUGACCGAAGGCAAAAAGGUAUGUGGACAAAUCCUUUUUUACUUUUAUUGAAUGUAUGAUUGUAUUUAUUUCCUUCACACAAUUUCGUCUAUUAAUUGGGAAUAACAACCUGUUUUUUAUCUUCAUAUUUAACUCACAAUCAAAUUCUGUCCCCCCAUUCCAAAAGGUCACCAGCUGCCACUGAUACCUAUUCAAAUUGAUAUGAGCGUCCUUGCACAAUCUGAAUGACAAUAUUGCAAAACUUUAUUAUAAAAAAACAAUGUUCCCUUAACGCUUGAGAGAUAUCAUUACUUUAGUUACAGGAUUUAUGAUAAAAAAAAAACAGAAUUCAUUAAAAAACUAAAUUUAUUGGAGUGUACUUCAGAAGCGAGAAAUGUUCUGUCUAAUACCUUGGACCAAUUUUUACCUAGUUUGAUUAAAAUUAAAAUUUGUUUCUACAUUAUUUAUAUAGAAUAUAUUUUAAUGAAUAAGUAUGUCUCUAUCUAUAAUCAUGAAAUACCUGUAUAACAAAUUAUUUUAAUUCAAAAUUUCAUUUCUGUUCGGGCAAUCCCCACAAUAGUCUCCAUAUGUCGCACAUAAUUUUGGCAAUGUUCUUGGGUUAUUGCCUCAGAAGCAUUGUGGAUUUGGAAAUUGGAUAUAUAUAACUCGUCUUCGUUUCUAGGCUGAUUUCUUUUAAUAAUCACUUUCCAUUGAUUAAAUAGUUCCCCAAUUGGGUUUGAUCUGUAGAUUUCAAAGGGGGCUGCGCACAUCAUUUCCACAGUUCGACCAAGUCUUGUGCAACUGUGUUGAGGAAAGGCCUAUAUGGAGGUAGAAAUACAGGAAAAUUUCCAUGGGUUCGUAAGAAUUGUUGAAUCUUUUCAGUUCUUUGAAAUCUUACAUUGUUCAUUAAAAUAUGUCCGUGCACCCCUAAUAUUACCUUCUUGCAAGUGACUCGUGAUCGAGUAAUUACGGCCUCUCAGCUGAGCUUUAACUUUGUUUGCGCUACAUUUACUUGGUCAUUUUCCGUACGAUCUUCUAGAGUGUAUCAUGUUCCAAAUUCAUCAGUAACAAAAAGGACUAGUGAAAGUACUUGAUAACUCUGUCUAUGUUUUCAUCAAUCCAUCGAAAUUGUUUUGCCAUAAAAAAGAAACUGUUUUGACACAAAGGAAAAUACUUUGAGAGACAUAGCGCACCAUCUAAUAAAAGUAGGAAAUAGGUGUAACAAUUUGUGGAACACAAUUGCCGAAAGACGAAAAUCAAAAGAAAACCACUAUUUUAUGAUGGACACCUUUGUAUACAUACCUUUAUCUUUCAUCUGUCUUCAGAUAUUGUCAAAGUUUGUACUGUGUUUAUUAAUUAAUUUAUUUAUCUCUUCUUCUAUUUAAAUUUAUUUUUGAGAUACACACAAGUUUCACAUCUAUGGAAAAUAUAGACGCAAGCUGAAUAAUUUCAUAUGGAGACUUCUGUUAUAAAUAUUUUCUUCAUAGUUUGGUCUGAAGUAUGAUAUUCGGAUUUUUAACUUUGGCCAAAUUUAUUUUCUUCUAAUGACACAAAUUUUGAACUUUCGAUAAAUUAUUUUAUAGUGCUCCAAAUUUUAAUUAGCUGACGACCACAUUAAUGUAAACCUGAUCAGUCACUUUUUUACCAAAAUUUUUCAACUAUAUCUUCGGCCAAACUCAGCGUAGCUUCAACUUUUACUUCAGUACAAAGUACGUCUUACUAUCGAAUUUGAAAAAUACAAGCAAAACACGUAAACUACUAAGGAUUUCAGGACAGGUGUUUCCAUAAUUAAAAAAAUAUUGGAACCAAAACUUCUGUUAUUCGUCAAGAGCUCUUGGAAGAAUAUUUUGAAAAAUAUCUCCACUUCAAAAUGGAUUGUGGAAAACUUUAUAAAAGAAUAUUUAAUAUCAAUAUCAAAGAAGUAAAUUUCCCGAACAAAUUAAUAUUAAAACUUUAAUAUUUCAUAAUGUCACAAAAUAUUUAGAAUUGCAGUAAAACAGAUGCUAAACGAAUUCUAAACCAGAGAGUUUAGACAAAAUUCCUGCAUCAUCAUCAUCUUAUCAUCGUAAUCUAAUAACUACAAGCUGUCCAUAUAUUCCGUAAACACUGCAUACCAAACAGUAUGGUGCGAUAGAAAAUCAUCUUACUUAAUCAGAGUCAUGUUAUUUAUAUGGCCAAAUCGCUCACAGGUAACAUCAUUUAACAUAUUAGUAACACAUUUCAAUCAGAGGACACAUUCAUUGAGGUAAUUUUCCAUCGCACAAUUCAUUCUAGUUCUAAUAGUACAAUAAUAAUUUUAUUAUUUACAUGUAGUGUUGUAAAUGGUCUUUCCAAUGUGUAAUUUAUUUUAUCUGUGUGUGUCUCGUAUUUAGUACAUAUAUUUAAAAAAAGUUUUGUCAGAAUCGCUCAACGGAUGCAACAUCCAUGUUAAAGACCGAAGCAUCAACAUGAACAACCCGUACUCAAGACGCUUUUUUGUAUUUGCAUCUGUUCAGCGCUUCGAGUACAAAAUAUUUAAAAAUUUUGAAAUGUGAAGUGGCAUGAUACCUUUUAACUACUUAUACUCGGAAUUAGCAAGAAACGACGUCAAAGCUGUUUUCCACCGUCGAAUAUUUUUCUCACUAUAGAUCUACUGGGUUUGCAUAAUUAAUUUGUACCAAGCCGUGUUUCUCUUCAAGCGUCGAAGUGGCUUGUGGUUUAAAUUUGUUCAUAGUGUUUUAAGCAUUUCACAACGAUUUCCCAAAACAUACUCUUGACAAACUGUCAAAGUUUGAGUCAGAGAGGAAGCGGGAACUUUACUGUGACCAAAUACUGAAGAUGCUAUACAAGCGUAGCAACUGCGAAACUUUGUUCUUUCUUCAAAAUUGGUACACAGAUGAAAAAACACUUAACAAAACCAAAACACGUAAUUGAAGCAGGUUUCCUUUUGGGACUGUUUGUUGAUAAAUAGUGCAAAAAUCUGAAUUGGAGCAAAAAACCGAAGACGGACGGCAACCUUGUCGUAUGUUCUUAUUUAAUCAUAGUUUUGUCAGUUUAUCAAAAAAGUAUCAUGACAUGUGAGCGAUAUUUUUACCUUGUAGUUGAAACAUUUACAAAUAUUGUAGUUUAUAAGUUGAUUACCAGUAAUGUAACGGUGAUUACUCCAACCAAAGACUUUGAUAAACCUUUGUAUCUAAAGAGUGUAAUCACUCUGUACCUAUAUUGUAAAUAUGUACAUAAUAAGUUAAUAUGUAUAUAUAUAUAUAUAUAUAUAUAUAUAUAUAUAUAUUACGUGCCUGUUCAUUCAUUACAUGCCAGUGGGUGUAACUAUGGUUUUACUAUAAGGCUAGACAGUUCGUAAUUCAUGGAUUGCUAUGUGGGAGUAGAAAAAAGAUUUUGCAGUCUUGAAUAACCAUGCUACAGUAAAAUGUUUAUUUUUUAAAUUUAAUACCACAAUUCCUUCUUCUGCACCUGUAGAACGGGUGUUUAGUAGCGGAAACCAAAUUCUGAUACUAAGAAGAAAUAAUUUAGGUAACAAUACGUUCGAAAUGUUGUUAAUUUAAAAAAAAUCAUUAAACAAUACAUAAAAAAA